AUGGCAAACUUUCUGGACCUGCCACCCGAGAUCAGGGCGAAGAUCUACAAUGCAUUACUCGUCGACCCCAUCAACGACAGAGACAAGAUCAUGUUCACUCUGGACAAGGACGGACAACAAAACUGGGAUCGUGUUACAGAACUGCUGCCUCCUGACGAUGAAAGCACUACCGAGGCCUUGCCCAAACCUGUCAAGUCUUCAGUCAAACACUUAGACUACAGUGACCUAUGGUCGCUCGCCAGAGCCAGCAGAUUGGUUUAUGCGGAAGCGACACCUAUCGUUUAUGCAAAUGCACGUCUGGAAUACACCUUCGGUGAACGUCCCGAUGUUAUAAGGGGUCCUACACUACUUCACGAGUUCCUCGACAAGCUUCCAUCUGCAUCUUGUGCGCUCUACCGACACUUGGCAAUCGUCAAUAACAACUAUGCAUCUGGAGAAUCUCUGUCGGCCAAAGACAUGAACAUCCUUGUCGACUUGAUCAAUUCGAAGCUACCCAACCUGAGUUCUCUGGAAAUCAGAGCCAUUGACCCUGAAAUCGAGACCUGCUCAAACGACGAAGACACCGGGUUCGUUCAAGACGCUCUUCGGAUCAUUACAGCCGCAAGACCUGUGGCUCGUCUCGCCUCAUGUCCCAAAGUCUCACUGAAACCGAGACUGAGCUUUUACCUUGCUGACAGCAUAACCUACGAUCCAGAAAUCACGCUGAUCAUGACUGUCCUGGAAACAUUGAUGGCAAUGGAAGUCGUGCCCACGCUGGUUGACAUCAGAGACUGGCGUCGUCAAGCUCAGAUCCAUUACGCGACCACUUGCCAGCAAGGAGAUUGUCUCCAGCUAACCUCUGGUAUGCGCUCCAGGAUGAUUGGAUAUCAGCAGACUGCUUGUGAGGAAGAAGGAGAUGAUAUGGAGGCGAAGCUGAUUAGUCACGGAGAGGUCUUGAAGCGGAUCGAGAAUUGCAAGCAUUGGAGGAUGAUCUUGAAUGGCCAAUUGCGCAACGCGUCUGACUAG